AUGGCCCUCAUGUGGGUACUGGCUAUGCUGCUGGUGCUGGCAGGCGCUAGCUACACGUACCUCCAGCACCGCGAAGAGGCCCAGCGUCAAGCCGUUAAGCUCCAGAAGAAGAAGGAGGAGACGGCUCGUCAACAGCUCCACGCGCUGAGCAGCAAGAGACACAAGAGCAACAAGACCAAAAAGAAGGUGGACGUGACGGCAGAGCUCAAAAAGAAAGCGCAAGCCGCAGACGCGCACGAAGCACAGACUGAGCACGAGAGGCUUCUGUACGCUCUCAAGGGCCAUAAGUUUGUCCUCACCGCUGCCGCCUAUAGUCCGAAUGGUCGCUUUCUAGCCACAGCCAGCUCCGAUCGCUCCAUCCGCCUCUACUUUUGCGAUACGCUCAAGAAACAGCAGCCCAAGCUGCACCAGAUUAACAUUGAGUACGACCACGCUACUGCGCUUUGCUUUAGCCCGGACGGACGCAGUCUGGUGGUUGCAACAGAAAGUGGCAAUGUGAAAGUCUACCAAAAGCUGCGUGUCAAGCCAGAGAUUGUCGCCGAUUUUCCUACUUUGCACAAGACAGACGUUCACUCGGUGCUCAUGAACGACAUCGGCAGCUGGGCAACGAUCAUUACAUGCGCGGGUGACUCUGAUACGGAUGUCAAGUUCUGGAAUCUCAGUGGUGAGCUGCUACAGACGGUGAACACGAAUCAGGUUGCCAACUACCAUUGCGUCGCUUCGAAGGACAACCGGUACAUUGCCGUUGCAGCAUACACGCCGGAAGUCAAGAUUUACGAAAUAGCACGCGAGAAGUCGGGUGCCUUCCGAAAAGUCAACAAGAUCAUGACGCUGCAAGGGCACAGAACGGGCGUGGUCGACAUUGCAUUCGAUGGGUCCGACGCGUCACCAGUGAACCGCGUGGUCACGAUCUCCAAGGACGCAUCAGUUCGUCUAUGGGACAUCAAUGUUCGGUACACUCUCCAAGAGGAUCCUAAGGUACUGUCGGCAUUUACUGCCAGCGGGGAGAAGCCGUUCCAGGCAGUUGAUUUUGCGCCCAACGGAAAGAUGUUGGUCAUGGUGCGUGGUAAGGACCUUGUGUUCGUACGUGCGAGUGACAGCAACGAGUUCUGCGCCAUCCCAAACGCGAUUGAAGAUUCCAUAAAGCGCGCCAUGUUCUCACCAGAUGGAUCGGAGGUGCUUGUGCUUGGGAAGAGUUGCAAGCAUGCCAAAGUGUACAAAGCACCAGAGCUGUGA